GUGUAUAGUACAAUGCCUGGUGUUGCGGAAAUGGGAAUGGUGUGGAUGGGGGCUGGACAGACAACAGGUGAUAUGUCAAUGGGAGAACUGAUGCCCAAUGAUAACAACGACAUGCUUCUAGAUCACGAUAACAUAUAUUAUACACCAUCUAAUCACAGCAUGUCUAACCAAUCCAUGGAUGAUAUCCACACUGGGACCAGUUCACAUAUGGAUACCAUGGAAAACUAUGACAUGAUGCAUUACUUAGAUAUAAAAAAUGAAAGCAAUGAUUCUAGCUAUAUGGAUGAUGACAGUUCUAAUCCUGUAUAUAUGAUUACAACUUCUACUCAAACACUGCCAUGUCAAAAGAAAAUUAAGCCAAUCAAGCAUCCUGGUCUGGUACUUAAGACACCAAUAGCUUAUCACAGCAAUACUGACCCUUCUGUAAUACCUAUUCAGAAAGAUGGCAUUGCCGUAUGUGAAAAGUGCGGUGCCAUAGGGGUAAAACACGCUUUUUACACCAGGGAACGACGUUUCUGCAGUAUGGCCUGUGCUAGGGGAUAUAGCGGCCUUAUACCAGAACCUUUACCACAACAGUAUCCAAGUACACCAGACAACAAGCAGCAUUUUGCUAAGUAUCGGUUCAGUAUGAAGCUAGAAGACGACUUUACUGAUUCUUAUAUAGAUGAUCCAUUACCACAACUCUCACCUCUACCAGAACUACCUCCUAUUGACGAUUCCCUUCCUCUCAUCAGGAGGAAACCUGCUGAAUUGGCCAAUUCGUUUGAUUGGGAUUCAAUGUUUUCAGAGCCAUACUUUGUGGCGGCACCAGUUACUUGUUUCAAGCAUGCUCCUAUGGCAGAUAUUUGGGACAAUAUCAUGGUUGGUAUGAAGGUCGAAAUAGAAAAUACGGACUGCGAUAACGUUUCCGAAGCUUUUGCUGAUUCAUUUUGGGUCGCAACUGUCGUGAGGAUAGUUGGGUAUAAAGCACAGUUGAGAUAUGAAGGGUUCGGUGAAAAUGAUUCCAAAGAUUUCUGGGUGUCGCUUUGUUCCAAUCAAGUUCAUCCUGUAGGAUGGUGUGCCACUAGAGGAAAGCCUUUGAUACCUCCAAAGACAAUCGAAAACAAAUAUAGUGAUUGGAAAGAUUUCUUGAGGAAACGUCUGACGGGUGCUCGAACCUUACCUUCGAAUUUUAGCAAUAAAGCGAGCGAUAGCCUCAAAUCUAGGUUUGAAUGUGGCCUUAAUCUCGAAGUCGUCGAUAAAGAUCGUAUAUCCCAAGUGAAAUUGGCCAUUGUGCACAAAAUCGUCGGGAAAAGAUUAAACGUCAAAUAUUACGAUAUGCCACCUGAGGAUGAUGGCUUUUGGUGCCAUGAAGAUUCUCCAUUAUUGCAUCCAGUUGGUUGGGCCAAGAAGGUUAACCAUCAUCUGGUGGCUCCCAUAAACUACCUCGAGCGCGUCAACGACGGGAUUUUCGAUGACGACGAUGCUACGGAAGAACUCUUUAAUCCAUACCAAGUAGGUUUCGCGGAAAAUUCCCAAUCUGGUUUCUGUAUAGGGAUGAAGUUGGAAGCUAUAGACCCGCUGAAUCUAUCUUCUAUCUCCGUAGCCACCGUCACGGACGUUUUAAAUUAUGGUUACAUCAUGAUACGUAUCGACACGUACGAUUCUGAUGUUACCGGCGCUGACUGGUUCUGUUACCAUGUGAAGUCGCCUUGUAUAUUUCCUGUGGGCUUCUGUGAAAAACAUAAUAUACCUUUAACUCCACCAAAAGGUUACGAUGCUUUAACAUUCAAUUGGAAAUCCUACCUGUUGCAAACAGGCAGCAGCCCGGCUGUACCAUCUUUAUUUAAAACGUUUAUUCCUUUACAUGGUUUUCAACCAGGAAUGAAAAUAGAGGCAGCUGAUCUCAUGGCCCCACGAUUAUUGUGCAUAGCUACCAUUGCCAAGGUCACAGGACGAUUGUUAAAAGUGCAUUUUGAUGGAUGGGAAGAUGAGUAUGAUCAAUGGUUAGAUUGUGAAAGCCCUGAUAUAUAUCCUGUCGGUUGGUGUCAAAGUGUGGGGUAUAAAUUAGAAGGGCCUCCACGGUUUGCCAAGCAACUUUUACCAGCGGUGAAGACUCAAAAAGUAAAGAAGAGAGGUCGUAAAAAGAAGAAGGAAACAGUACCGAAAUCACAACAGCAUGCAGCUACAUCCACCAAUAGUGAAACUUCGUCAGUAUUCGAAACUCCGGAGCCUUUGGAGCGUAUGGAACAGUCAGAAACGUCGGAACUGGCUGGGCUUGAAGAACCCGAAGAAAUGCCAGCAGAUUUAGCAACCAUUGUUCCCGAUAUUGAGUCGCUCGCUUCUACCGAGGACAUCAACGAUAGUCAUGGACCUGAGACCGGACAGGAACCUGCAGGUCCAGAUCAAAGUUUACCGAUAUCUUCGGAAGUAGUUGAUCAUUCUUUUAAUUCAUGUGUUAAUUCAUCCACUCCGAGCAGUCCAAAAGUGAUACCCAGACUAAUAGAUAACUCAGGUAAUACUUCUGAAAGAAGUGAACUUUGUCCGAAAGAAUGGAGUUCCUCCGAUAUUGUUCAAUUCCUCAGGGUUAACGAUUGCGCUAAUUAUAGCGAUGCCUUCAGUAAACAGAAUAUCGACGGAAAGAAGCUUCUAAAUCUGAGCAAAGAAGAUGUCAUAGACAUUACUGGCGGCAAGGUCGGCCCCUCCUUGAAGAUUUAUGAUCUCGUCCAACAACUUAAACUUAAAAUGAACAUCUCUCAAGUUCGUCAUAGUAAAGCAAAUAUCAAAAAGUUCUUAUAG